AUGGAUCAACAAUUAUUGCUUUGUGGAGCAAUUUUGACUGUUUGCGGUGUAUUAAAAAAGAAAUUAAUAACUUCUUUGAAGAAAAAGAAAAAGAGAUUUUGGAUGCGAAAUUUACUUAAAAGUAGAAAGAUGCACGGUGCUUCUAAUACGUUGUGUGCGAACUUGAAUCCGGCAUUGGAAUGUGAUGUAGAAGAUCAUGAUAAUUUUUUCAGAAUACCUAAAAACUUAUUUGACGAUUUAUUGAGAAAGGUAGAAAAAAGAAUUGAAAAAAAAGACACAUUAUUUCGUGAGGCUCUUCCUGCACGAUUAAAACUUGAGGUCACCUUACGUUAUUUAGCUACUGGAGAUUCUUACAAAAGUUUAUAUUACUUAUUUCGUGUGUCCCCUUCUAUUAUGAGCAGUUUUAUACCAGAAGUGUGUGACGCUCUCUAUGAUGCACUGGCAGAUUAUAUAAAAGUCCCAAACACAGAACAAAAAUGGAUGGAUAUAAAAACUGGAUUUCAGUUAAAGUGGAAUUUUCCUGGAUGUAUUGGGGCAAUUGAUGGUAAACAUAUAAACUUGCGAGCUCCAGCCUGUAGUGGAUCUGAGUUCUAUAAUUAUAAAAAAACUUUUAGCAUUGUUUUACUAGCUUGUGUCGAUGAUGAUUAUUCAUUCACUUAUAUUGAUAUUGGAGCAAAGGCCAGAUAUUCUGACGGCGGAGUUUUUAGUAAUUGUUCUUUAAAACGAGCAAUUGAUGACGGUAGUCUGAAUAUUCCAGCAGAAAAUGUUAUUGUUGCGGAUGCUGCAUUCCCGCUUCAAAAUAAUAUAAUGAAACCAUACCCGGGAAAUAAUCUAACGACACGGCAAAAAAUUUUUAAUUACCGUCUUUCAAGGGCUCGGCGAAUUGUAGAAAAUGCGUUCGGUAUAUUGGCAAGCCGAUUUCGAAUUUUUGAAAAACCAAUAGCCAACAACGUCAAGAAUACCAUAAAAAUAACAAGGACAUCUUGCGCGCUUCAUAAUUGGCUAAGAAAAAAUGAUUCUAAUUAUCUUGAACCUGGACUUGCGGAUUAUGAAGAUAUCUCUACUGGUAUAACAAUUAAUGGCUCCUGGAGACAAGUACCUCUUCGAAACUUCGAGGACAUGGGAGAAGAUAAUACCUUAACUGAAAAUGGGACAACAAUUCGGGAUAGAUUCGCUGAUUACUUCAGUAGUGAAGGUGCAGUGCCGUGGCAAACAAGAUUUAUUCACUAACAUUCCGGAACAAUUUGAGGGUAGACUGCACUAGGGACAGCGCCGCGGCAGAACCCACUAUGCCCCGCGGCACUUGUUUCUUUAAUAAUACACUUCUCAUGAAAAAAACGAAACAUUUCGAUUUUUAUUUAACUUAUGAUAAUAAAACAUGAAGUACCUAUAUAAAAAAAAAAUAUUUGAAUUGGAUCAUCAAUUCAUUAACAUUUUUAAUUGAACACCUCAUAGGUAUCACUACUAACCUAAACACACAUUUUUUCAGUAAUCUUUAAAAAACAAACUCGCGAGGUGUUUUUUUUAUGAGAAGUGUAUUAGAUUGUCUCGUGUUACUCCAAAAAAUGUCUAAAUAAUAAAAUAUAAAAAAAAAUAGUGAUAUUUUAUAUAAUAUUAUAUUUCUUAAAAAUAUAUAUUAAAUAACCUACUUAAUUAGGAUUGUCUUUGGUAACAUAAAUAAAGUUUGUAUACUUACAUUUGAAAAUGUCUUCUCUUUAUUUUUAAAUGCUCUUAAAAAUCCAUCGGCAAUUGAAAACCAUGACACCUUCGGUUUAUAAACAGAUUCUCGGUCGCUUCCGGAUCGAGUGCUCUUUUCAAUUUUUUUUAAUUCUUGAUAGUACGAUGACCUUAAAUUUUUAAUUUUUUUUGGUAUAUCUUUGUCUGAGAUGCCACUAAUGUUUAACUUUUCCGCAAUUUGUUUGUACGCACUUUGUCUUGCGUCAUGAUUUUUAUACAAAGCACUCGUUACGUUCCACAAACAUUCGUAGUCUCGAUAGAUCUCUACGAGUUUUAGCAUUUGUGAAUUCGAAAACCGUUCAGCCAUUUUGCUCCCACGCUGCGUAAAUAAACAGCGUUAAUAAUAUAAAUAAUGCGCGUAGUAUUGAUGACGUCUAAUGAAUUACUGAACGGAGGCGAGUCACCGUAUGCUUUGUAUCGACCGUGUUAUCGACUGACUAGUUUCAUUGGUCGUUAUCCCGAAUGCGGAUAUCAGCCGCACACGUUUAAUCGACCGAGUUAUCGACCAGUGGAUUUCAUUGGUUGUUAGCUCGCAUGCGGGUACUCCCCGCAAUCGGGAUAACUACCGACU